AUGUCCUCUGGGGGUGAGGACCACAACGACGACAGUUUGGGUACCAAGAAACGUCGAAUACAGCGAGCAUGCGAUAUCUGCAGGAGGAAGAAAAGCGAUGGGCCUAAUAUUCCCGGAAAUCGAUGUACAAACUGUGUCACUUGGAGUUUCGAUUGCACGUAUGUCGAGCCGGCAGUAGUGAAGAAACGAGGAUUUCCUAAGGGAUACGUGGAGAGGUUGGAGAGUAGAGUGGAAAAGUUAGAAAAUGCCCUGCGAAUAUUAUGCCCAGAUGAUAACGUCUUGACGGAACUUGGCGUUACUUUGGAAGGGCCUUCCGAGAGGGCUUUUGGAAAGCCGCAUCAAUCAAACGACGACGCGCGGUCGCCUAGACUUUCUUACGAUAUAGCCGCAUCUGCUAUCAGCAAAGUCAACAAUCCUGACGAUCCCAGAGAUGACCAAGACGAUGACGUUGUCAACGCUGUUCUGUUAGAUAAUCUGAAGAGACUCGAGAUUGGCAAUCCUGACUCGAGGUUUUUUGGCAAAUCAAGUGGUGCUAUGCUCGUUCAGACCGCCAUGGAGCUUAAGAGCGAGUACACUGGGAGUGAUUACGUUCAACCAGCCCCCUCCAUGAAUCUUGAAAACAAGCGUCCGGAAUUUUGGUCUUGCAAUCCCUGGGAGCGAGAAGUCGAAAGCCAGCCACAAACGUUAACGUACGUGUUCCCUGAAGACGGCCUCGUCAUUCAGCUUGUAGAUCUAUACUUUACACACUUCAACCUCUACCAACCCCUUCUCCACCGGCCCACAUUCGAGAAAUCUAUAGCUGACAAGCUACAUUUCACAAACAACGGUUUUGCAGUCACGCUCCUGGUUGUUUGCGCGAAUGGUUCACGGUAUUCAGAAGACCCACGAGUCUUUCUCAAUGGAACGGGAUCUCAUCAUUCACGUGGCUGGAAGUGGUUUGAUCAGGUUCAAAUGAUUAGAAAGUCGCUUUUGGCGGUCCCCUCGAUCUACGAUAUGCAAUUUUACUGCCUGUCGGUGCAGUUUCUUCAAGACUCUUCUGCCCCUCAAUCUUGUUGGACCCUCGUCGGGAUCGGUAUCAGAUUGGCGCAGGAGGUUGGAGCACACAAGAGGAAAGCGCGGGAUCAUCCUCUGACCGUGGAGGACGAGCUAUGGAAGCGUGCAUUUUGGAUACUGGUAUGCAUGGACCGUGCGUUUAGUUCCUCUCUCGGCCGCUCCUGCGCAAUCCAAGAGGAGGACUUCGACCUUGACAUGCCAAUUGAAUGCGACGAUGAAUACUGGGAGCACCCUGAUCCGUCGCAAUGCUUUAAGCAACCUGCUAACAAAGCAUCCCUUAUCACUCAAUUCAAUCUGUACCUCAAGCUCAACCAAAUUCUAUCUUUUGCUUUGCGCACAAUCUAUUCGAUCAACAAGUCCAAAAACCUUCUUGGUUUUGUCGGUCCAAACUGGGAGCAGAAUAUAGUUGCGGAGCUCGACUCGGCUCUGAACAAGUGGGUAGGUUCAGUGCCCGAUCAUUUGCGUUGGGAUCCUCAUCGCGAGGACAUUAAAAUUUUCAACCAAUCUGUCGUCCUUUAUUCGGCGUACUACCACACUCAAAUUCUCGUCCACCGCCCAUUUAUCCCAUCCCCAAGCAAGCCAUCGUUGUUGCCGUUUCCGUCCCUCGCGAUUUGCACCAAUGCUGCCAGAGCUUGUAGUCAUAUCAUUGAUAUCCAGCGGAAGAGGGACCGCAGCCCCUCGUCGCUAGCACAGAUGCCUGUGUUCACCUCUGGGAUCGUGCUCUUGCUGAGCAUAUGGGGAGCGAAGCGCUCAGGGCUAUCCACAGAUCCGAACAAGGAGAUGGUGGAUGUCCACAAGUGCAUGCGUAUGUUGAGGGCAUCUGAAAGCCGGUGGCAUUCAGCAGGCCGGCUGUGGGAUAUCCUGUGCGAGUUGGCGACAAUGGGUGAUUUCCCUCUCCCACAGCCUAGUCCACCUAUGACGAACAAACGCAGAAGGUAUUCUGAAAGCUCUACGGUCGGUGAACCCACGUACGACGCCAUGUUGUCUGUGGGUACGGUAAGGGAUAUGGCUGGAUCUAGGCGGGUGAGUGGGAAUGCGUCAACACCGAUCAGUCUACCGCUACUCCCACAGCAAAUUUUCGCGGCUGGCGAACAGCAGGAACAGCCUAUUCGACUCCAACAUCCCUCAAAUUUGCAGGAACAACCACCCUCACCCCGUCAGUUUUUCGCGUUACCAAUGUGUAGUAACGAUCUUGCGAGGUUGCCGGAUGAUUAUGGGCAGACGACGUUCUCGACCAUCAGGCAGUCGUCCGGUGACCACCAGACUCAUUGGUACCCUCCAAGUGCCGGCGGGCAGUAUGUAAGUGGGGGUGUAAAUCCUUUGACGAAUUUUUCUGCGUUCACACCCAGCUGUACCGCGUCCGGCUCUUCUCCUGGAUCAGACUUAACGGGGAUGGGGAGCGGUGUGCAGGGAAUGCUGGCGGCAGGUCCAGAAGACAUGGCGCGUCAUUACCCCAUGUCGCUCAGCUCUUCUAGAUCUCCUGAGGGACCGAGUGCGGGUUCAUCUACCACCUUGAUGGGUGAUUCGAUAUCCGUGGAUUCUGUGUACAGGGAAAGUCAGUUUGGUGGAAGCGGGAUGUCCCGUCUACAUCUACACACGCCACUUGGGAGCGGAAGUCUGCUGCACGUAGAACAGCAACAGUCGCAAUACCCAGAAGUCGAUCAGGAUAUGCUUUCCAUGUGGUCUACUCUACCGAGUGGGUUCGAGUUAGACGAGUGGGGCAACUAUUUGUUGAGUGUUGGUGAGCUGACGCAAGGUUCUGGAAUUUUUCACGGACACAGUGCCUCCCGUGGAUAG